AUGAUAAAAGUCUUUUCUCUUUCUUUUUUUGCGUUUAUUUGGAUCGGGAUGGUGAUAUUACCAUCAAGUAAUAAUUAUUUGGUGCUCGGAUUUCAAAUAUUUUCUCCACAUUAUUUAUCGGCUCAACCAACAACAUUUCGUAUGGCACAAUUUGGAACCUUUUAUGUAAAUACAAAUUGUAAAAUUCCGAAAGAGGUUGUGUUGGCAUAUCCAAUUGAUGCGUGUUCGCCUCUUCAAAAUCAUUCUACCUAUUUAGAUGAUCCAAACAGUGAGAAUCAUUACAAAGACAAACUUGUACUUGUAACCAGAGGACAAUGUACAUUUAUUCAAAAAGCUCUGUACGUCGAGCAAGCAGGGGCAGCUGGAUUGAUUGUAGUGAAUAGCGAGAAUGGAGAGAUGCAUUUGAUGAGUGAUGAUGGAACAGAUGCAGGUAAUUUAAUAAGAAUUCCAUGCGUAUUGAUUCCAUACGAUAGGGGUCAACAAAUGAUGUAUUACAUUGAGUUGAGAAACCAAGAAGUCGAGCGAGAAAAACAAAGAUCAACCAAAAUGUUAAAUGUUCCCACUAAUCCACCAAACGUGGACAGUUUGUUCUCAUCAAUUUGGAUUAGACCUAAAGUAACUGCUGCAUUGGGAUAUUGUUCGACCUUGGAUUUUCAUUUCUUUUAA